CGUUGCCGGGGGUAUAGAUCGUAUGCACGCAAGCUAGUUCAACGUAGUCCAGAAUAAAUGAGGGGCCAGCGCCUGGACUAAGUUCAACGUAGCUGGGAUAUGAACAAGAAAGAACGAAGAGGACGGUAAUAAAUGACGAAAUUCCCUUCAUCAAAUAUCCUGGUAAAACAUGUGAAUGAACACUGCCUUGGUACCUAGAAUAAAUUGUAAAUGAUGGCAGGGUGUUCUUCCUGGAGCCACGAAAAUGAUGCCAAAAUAAACUACACGAAACUAUCUAGGUUGCUAAUCGAUGGAGGCACACAGGCAUUUCGUUUAGUAUUUGAUGGUCAUCAAGUUAAAUAUCAUACUACAUUGAAAGUCUUCUUAAAUGCCAGCAAAACAACUCUACAAAAGCUGAAGAAACCAAGAGGAAAAGUACUGAAUAAUGACCAAUGGGACAAAAUGUACCCACCAAGUGGAAGCGACCCUAAAUCUCAAGACUUUGAUAUCACUUUGCUUUUCGUUCUCCUAAGAAAUAUCUGUGGGCUUUCGGCGCCAGUAUACGAAAUUACACCUACUGGGAAGCGAAAACGUGAUUGGAAUAAGCCGCCUCACGAAACAGACAACUCACAAGAGGCUAACCUUGUCAGAAUGAAGUGUUAUAGAAAUGCAAUAGCACACAAACCAACCACUGAAACUAAUGAUGCUGACUUCGAACAAUAUUGGCAAGAUACUUCAUCUGCCCUUCUGUCGCUGGGACUGAGUCAAGACAACAUUGAUGAAUUGAAGUCUGCUCGGUUAGGAGAGAAGGACUACAAUCAGUUACUUUAUGAUUGGUAUGUAUCUGAUGAGGACAUUACAUCACGGCUAGUGGGAUUGGGGGUAACUACUACGAAUAUCAAGUCAGAUACCACACACAUCAAGUCACACGCGGAAGGCAUCAAGUCAGAUACUGCACACAUCAAGUCCAACGCAGCUUUAAUUCCAGUUAUUAAAGAUGAUCUUAGUGAACUGAGUAAUAUGUUCAAGAACACUCAAAGAAGUUCAAGCCUAAACAUUGCCAAACUCGCCAAGGAUGAGUUCAGAAGUUUGAUUGAGUCACUGUGCAAGUCCUUCCAAUCGAACACCCGCCAAUGGAUUCUAGAUCGGGUCAAUUGCCAUGUUAACAAUGACGAAACUGGAUCUAGGGUUAUGAUCAUCGAAGCCGGGCCAGGCCUGGGAAAAUCAACUCUAGCUGGUAAAAUUUGUGACAUUUACAAAGGCCUUGGACGUCUUGGGGGCUGUCAUUUCUUUCAGUUCAGUAAUUCUACAAGAAACAAUCCAAGGCUGAUGUUACAGUCCAUUGCAAGUCAGAUUUGCGACUCUGUUCCUGGUUAUAAAGAGGCUCUAGAGGAAAAACUUCAAACAAGUUUGGGAAGAGACUUGACAGAUAAAAAUUGUGAAGAACUAUUUACUGUGCUAUUUGAGGAACCUUUGCGCAAUGUCACAUUAGAAGAUCUUGCAACAAGUAACAAGUUUGUUGUCGUAUUGGAUGCAAUAGACGAAUGCUGCAGUCAUCUGAAGUAUGAAUUACAAGCGAUUUUGAGAGACAAACUGUCUCUUCUUCCAUCGUGGCUUAGAUUUGUCAUCACCACCAGACCAUCUCCAAUACUGAAUAACGUGCCGAUGAAUCGAAUCGUUGUCGACCCAAAUUGUGAAGAGAAUGAAAUUGACAUUGAAAACUUUUACAAAGCCAAGUUUUCAGAGCAUUAUUCAAUUAUAACGGAGCUGGUUAAAAUGUCCGGUGGUUUAUUUUUAGUAGCUUUCUUUGUCGUUGAUUAUAUGCAGAAAGAAAACAUUACCUCGCCAUCAUAUGUCUUGGAUCUUUUUCCUGAAGGAAUCUCUUCCGUGUAUGAAAAGUAUUUCCAACGACUGAAAGCUGAAAUAUUGCCCUUUAUAUCUGAAGAAGAAAGCUUUUUCAAGAUGCUCGGAGCCAUUACCUCAUCGAAGAAUCCAAUCCCAGUGGGCAUGAUAUACAGUAUUCUAGGCCUUAAAAGUGAGCGUGAUGUCCCUCGCCAAGAAAGAAAAACAAGAAAAGAUGCCUUGAAAUUACUUCAUUCGUUGUUUCCACUAGAGUAUGAUCACGUCUCUAUAUUUCAUAAGACAAUUGCUGAUUGGUUAGUUCUUGAAGGGGACAGAGAACACGAGUUCAGUGUUCGUGUAGAAGACGGGAUUGAAGUGCUUGCCAGACAGUGUUAUGAUGCCUUGGAUGACAUACAAAGUGGGAAAAAGGAAUUGGAUAAACCUUUGGGUCUGACAGACAUUGAGAAAUAUGCAUUGAGUUCAGGAUGGGAUUACUUGAAGAGUAGUUCGCUUAAAGACAAAGUAGAUGAAAUGCUAAGAAAUCAUUUUGUCUUGAGUGCGUUGAUUUGUACUGAUCUGAUAAAAUCUUUGUACUAUUUAAUUGACACAUCUAGUAAUGAUUUAAAUGAGUGUAAAUUGAAAUUGUCAUUCUUCUUAUUUGAACCAAGAGUCCACAGUAAUACUUGCCCCUUUCGUUAUCCUUCGAGCUUUGGUCGCUGUGUUGAGUUUCUUUUAAGUGCUGAUUUAGCGAUAGGUACAAAAGAAAUAGAUUCCGACGUAUUGCUCCUUUUGAGAAGGCACAAUUUCUCGUAUUACGAGACGAAGCGAAGCGUCAUUGAGUUAAGACUGCAUCAGGAUAGCCCACACCAAACGACAAGUGUUUGCCCUUCCGUUACUGUAUGUGACAAAGAUUUUGUACUAUUGGCCUACGACUAUGAUGGCAGCCUUUUUCUGCAAGGGCAUGAAAUGAAUGGAUCAUUGUUGGCACAGAAACAACUUCCUGGAAAAAAACACAUUUGCCCAUCUCCGGACCAUCGGUUCGUCAUCGCUACUGAAGUAUCAAAAGAAGGAGACAUCGAAAUAAGAGACUCGAGAACCCUAAAUCUGGUAACUCGUUUCAACUUUCCUUACCAAAUUAACUCAUGUCACGUGUGUGGUGAACAGCCAUGGUACAUUUUAGCCAACUGUUCUAACGGUGAAAUCCAUGUCAUCGAAGGCAAAACAGGUCAAACUUGUUAUCGUAUUCCUAUUGAGGAAGGAUAUAAAAUCGAGGCUACGUGUAGAUAUGGUCAAAUGCUAAUAGGAAACAGUAUAUGUGAUGAAGAAGACCACAUCACUGAAUACAACAUUUGGCUUCGCAAAUGCAGCGUACCGGUAAACGGAGGUUUUUUAAACGYUAGGCCGUACGUUUUUCAACAGACUCUUUAUUUACAUCACGCCCAAAACUCUAACCUAAAGCUUCCCAUCUCUCAUAUUAAUGAAAAAGUUUGUGAAUGUGGCAAUACCGACCUAGUUCCUGAGAUUGGCAACCCUGUUUGUUUUUCACAAGAUGGUCAACUCAUCGCAUAUCAUGUUGGCAGUUCCAUCUUCAUCCACAAGGCGUCGGAUGGCUCGCAGUACAAACGCGUGUUUCUUGGUAGAUCACACUACGUUCGUAUUUUGUUCAUUAGCAAGAGCUAUGUAUUCGUCUAUGAAUCAAGCUUCUUUGAUCCAAAAUUCCUCUGGCAUCCAGAAAAUUGUUAUUGUGCUUCAGCCGUGUCUAAUUUCGCCAGUCUUCUCUCAAUUAUUAACAUCGAAACGAAUGAGGUUGUUCACAGGUUCUUCAUUCCAUAUAAAUGCGGUGCAAUAAAAUUCCAUGUGGUGCCAAGAAAAGAAGGUGAACCAUUUACUCUUUUAGGUUACGAUAGCAAAGAUAAUUGUAUUACGCAAUAUGUAUUCCGCAACUUAGAUUUAUAUGGCUACAAUACGGCCACUUAGGGAUACUUGUGGAAUUGCUGAAAUUCGUAUAAGUGUCCACAAUUCUUUGAGAUAGUGUACAUGGAUAGCAGAGAGUGAAGGUUAGGGGGGGACACCGUGCCUACACUUCUUGCUAACAUUCACUAUAUUUUCCAAUCUAAACCACCACAUUUUAGGGCGCCCCGCUGUCCUCGCAAUGUAAUAUAAUGUAAAAUAAGUUAAAUAUAUUGUUAAUUGAUAUAUCCCCACUAAAGUGAAUACGAUAAAAGCAACGGGGAAUAUAUAUAUAUAUGUGUGUGUGUAGAUAUGAUCCAUAGAUAGGAAUGUCUUGCACUUAGUAUUUCUCGAGUUUUACAACUAUUUUAAUUCAUUUUUUAGUUUAUUGUUUGCAUUAUACAAACAGUAAUAUUUCUUGCUGCUUGUCCAACCUGGAAUAAAAAGGACCAAGUAGAAUGCUGUCUGCAGUUUUAUUUAAAACCAGAAUAAGCUACAUCAUCAAGUUUUUUUCAUUUUUAUAACGAACACGACACUUUUUAGUUUGGAUGACAUGUUUGGGCAGCAACGUCUGCCACCUUCAGAUUUAAGAUCGUAAUGCAGAUUGCAUAAUGUAUAAAUACCUAAUACCUUUAUUUCUAGCUAAAUCAAUAAACUUCUAAGGAACAAA